AUGGGAGACUCCAGCGUAUCGACAAGCCAGAAUGGCUCGGAAAAGAAGCAUAUCUUGCUGAAUGCGUUUGACAUGUCGACCGUGGGACAUUUGUCCCCUGGACAGUGGAGGAACCCCAAGGACAAGUCUGCGACUAAACGAACGCUCGGAUACUGGGUAGAGCUCGCGAAGCUUCUGGAGCGCGGAGGAAUCAACGCUUUGUUCCUGGCAGAUACAACCGGCGGCCAUGAUACCUACGAGGGCAAACUGGACGAGUGUAUUCGCCGAGCUGCCCAAUGGCCAGUGACAGAUCCGACUAUUCCCAUCUCCGCAAUGGCUGCGGUGACCAAGAACCUCGCAUUUGGCAUCACGGCCUCAACUUCCUUCGAACAGCCUUUCCUGCUGGCUAAGCGCUUUUCUACGUUGGAUCAUCUCACCAAUGGUCGACUUGGUUGGAAUAUUGUGACUUCGUACAAGAAGGCAGCCUUUAAAGCCAUUGGAGUGGAUAGCCCAAUUGAGCAUGAUGAACGAUACCGCCAAGCGGACGAGUAUCUGAGGGUACUCUACAAACUGUGGGAGAGCUCCUGGGCCUCUGAUGCGCUGUCACCGAACCCCGAGGCAGAUUCAUACAUCGACCCCGACAAGGUCCGUCAGAUCAACCACAAGGGGAAAUACUUCUCGUUAAGCACGCGACACAUUGUCGACCCGUCACCUCAGAGGACGCCAUUCCUCUUCCAAGCAGGAACCUCGCCUGCAGGAUCUGAUUUUGCCGCGACUCACGCCGAGGCUAUCUUUGUCUCUGCCCAUUCGCCAGAGGUGCUGCGACCAAAGAUCGCCCACAUUCGCAAGCUGGCUGCUGAGCGAGGUCGGGACCCACAGUCCAUCAAAUUCUUCGGGACCUUCACGCCAAUCGUGGGUGAGACUGACGAGGAGGCACAGGCUAAAUACGAGGAGCUGAAGAAGUACGCUUCCGUGGUUGGCGGCCUGGUUCUUUUCAGUGGAUGGACGGGCAUUGAUAUCUCCAAGAUCCCACUGGACCAGGACCUUACGGCUGCAGACUCCUUGGAAGCUGGCAAAGUAACCAGUCUACUGGACUCGUUGCUCAAGACUAGCAAAGAUGUCCCACGCUGGACUCCACGUGUCGUUGCCGAGAAGGCUGCAAUCGGUGGUCUUGGUCCGGUAGCUAUUGGAAGUCCAGCCACUGUUGCUGAUGAGAUGGAGCGCUGGAUCCGAGAAUCGGACCUCGACGGGUUCAACGUCGCCUAUGUCACUACGCCGGGCACCUUUGAGGAUGUGGUGGACUUGCUCAUUCCGGAGUUGAGGCGGCGUGGUCUGUAUCCUGAGCUUCCAGAUCCCUCGGAGCCAUCACUUACAGCCCGUGAGAGGGUAUUUGGUAAAGGCCAGAAAGAGCUCCGUGCUGAUCAUAUUGGAAGCAAGUAUAAGUAUGAUGUUUAUCAAGAAGAUGAGCCUUAUGUUGAGGGCUCUGAAGACAAUUAG